CUCUGCUGUACCGACCAUACUUUGACGUUUGGCGCGUGUGUGUUUUGUUUUCUUGUUGUGAGAUUUGUGCAUAAUCACGCAUUUUUCUUGCUUUUUGAGUGAAAAGCAUUAUUAAUUGGCUCACUAUUGCGUAGAGACUGAAUUAGAAUAAGUUGAAAAUGGGCGAGGAAGAAGGACGUUUCGAUUCUGUGCUGUUUGCCAUGGCUGAACAACAUCCUGGUGGAGUCCCUGAUCUCUUGGCUACAAUUGCAGCUUUUCUCAAUCGAAAGACAGACUUUUUCACAGGAGGUGGCAACUGGGAAAAGAUGCUGCUAGAUAUCUUCCGGGUUGAAGGUAACAAAGCAAAUGCUGUGGCCGAAGAGAAGAAACGGGAGCGAGAAGCGGCUGAAAAGAGGCGUCAGGAAGCAAUUCUCAAGAAGAAGAAAGAAGAGGAAAGUGCUAUGAAGAUGAAAGACAGUGGUGCUGCAAUCACUGAACUUACGGAUGAGGAGGCUGAGAAACUACAAAAGGAGAUUGAGAGGGAGAGGAAAGCUCCUGAGGAAGAUACUAGUACUUCUCAGCCAUUGGAUGAUACGGAGGACGAUGUGGAUGAGAAAGAAAAGGGAAAACUGCGUCCGAAUUCAGGCAAUGGAUGUGACUUGGAGAAAUAUCGAUGGACCCAAACGCUUCAAGAAGUAGAACUUCGUGUUCCAUUGAAUGUGAACUUCAACGUGAGAUCGCGCGAUGUGGUGGUGAAGAUUGGCAAGAAAACACUGACGGUGGGUCUUAAAGGGCAGGAGCCAAUUAUCAAUGGAGAACUCUGUGCUGAGGUCAAGAUGGAGGACUCUGUAUGGGUGAUUCAGGAUAAAAAUCAUAUUCAAUUGAAUUUUGAGAAAGUCAAUCAAAUGUCCUGGUGGGAUCGUCUAUUGACGACUGAUCCACCAAUUUCUACGCGUAAAAUUAAUCCGGAGCCAUCGAAAUUGUCGGAUUUGGAUGGAGAGACCCGGAGUCUUGUGGAGAAGAUGAUGUAUGAUCAGAGGCAGAAGGAGAUGGGACUGCCCACGAGUGAUGAGCAAAAUAAGCAGAAUAUUCUUAAGAAAUUCAUGGAACAGCAUCCGGAAAUGGAUUUUUCCAAAUGCAAGUUCAACUAAAUGUUGAUGCAUCAAAAAACCAGGUGAUUAACAAAUACAUUUUUUUCUCUCAACAUUCUCUAUAAUACACGAAUUAUUGGAAUUUUUAUGUCACACUGAUCAGCCGAUCACAUUUUGUUCUGUGAGAGUUAGAUCACACAGCAAUAAAUUGAUAAUUGGA